AUGAUUGGGUGCUUUGGCACAGCAAGAGCCUCUGCGGUAGCAUUGUGUCUGCUGGCUCUAUGGAGUCCAGCGGUUUGGGCACUACGAACCACUUCAGGCUCACCCUGUGCUGGUGUCUGUGGAACAACGACUAACACCACAUCGAACGAGAUUUCGUGCCUGGAUCAAGCCUACAAUCAAACGGCCACCGGGAAGAAAUUCGAAAAUUGCAUUUCCUGCCAGCUGGAGAGUGAUUUCCACGACACCAACACCGGUGAAUCGGACGUGAACUGGGGUCUCUACAACCUGCGCUACGCGUUCUCGACUUGUGUCUUCGGAUACCCGGACUCGAUUUCCAAUACCUCCUCUCCGUGCCCAGUUACAUGCGAUAUCAUUCGCACGGCGGUAGGAGAGGACAUCCAGGAGCCGAGUAUCUCCAAUCUGGAUGACUGGUGUGACAGCCCCUCGUUCGCCGACAAUGUCGUCAACGACUGCGAGCUAUGUUACAACUAUACUACCACCCAGGUCUACAUGGCAAAUUUCCUAGAAUCCAUCCGUUACAACUGUCACUUCAGGACAGUCACAGGCAAGAAAUUCAAGAUCGAACCAACUCGAAUUUUCACCCAAUCUCUCCUCCCCUCUAGUCUCUCCCUCACAACCCCAAGCUCAAGCUCCUCGAACCUCAAUCUGGGCGUCGUGAUCGCGGUCCCUAUCGUAGGCUUCCUGCUCAUCCUCUGCUCGCUCACAAUAUGCUGCUUCUUCUUCAUUCGGCACCGUCGCAAGAAGGCGCGCCGCACCGGCCAGACUGGUCAUCACAUGUACAAUAACGACUCUUCAAACGCCCAGCAGGCUUGGGCCGAGCGGCAAUAUGCCGCUGGUGGAUAUGGGUACGGCUUUGGCAUGGGGUUCAUGGAUAAUGAUGGCCGCGGUCAAGAGCUUGCGUAUGGCCAUUCCACCUCAGAUCAGCAAUAUCAGCAGCAGUACCAGGAACACUUCCAAGGACAGACUAAGUCGGGCUUCUCGCAUCAGGUCACCGAGCAGCUGCCGAGUCAGUCUCCUGUUCAUUCGCAGAUUCUGGACCCUGAUCAGAAGAGACCGCAGCAGUGGCAAUGA